GGACUCACCAUGAGGGCAAACAGCUCAGCUACACAGAGAGGAGACAUGUGCGAGGGCUGCCGGUCUCUCCCAGCGUCUCACCCUGGCUUCGUCAGUGUGGACAGUGAGACAGGCAUCCGGUUCCUCAGCCACCAACAACCUAGACAACCCCAGCUCUUCAGUGUGGUCCGCCAGGCCUGCGUACGCAGCCUCAGCUGUGAGGUGUGUCCAGGUCGUGAGGGUCCUAUCUUCUUUGGGGAUGAGCAGCAUGGUUUUGUGUUCUCUCACACAUUCUUCAUCAAGGACAGCCUGGCCCGGGGCUUCCAGCGGUGGUACAGUAUYGUCAUGGUAGCCAUGGACAGGAUCUACCUCAUCAACUCCUGGCCCUUCCUGCUGCGCCACCUCAGACUCACUAUACAGAGUCUACAGAGCACAGCACUGAAGGUGUUUGACAGUGAACAGUGUGUGUGUCCUCAGAGGGCGGUGAGGAUGAACAGUGUGUUCUCUCCUGCUGUCUUCCCCCACCAGAGGAGUGGUAACGCGGCCCGCUCCCUGCCCUCCCUCACCCAGCACACCAACCUCUGGGCCAGCCUACACUCCUCCUUCAGCUGGUUACUGAAGGCCUGUGGUAGUCGUCUGACAGAGAAGCUGCUGGAGGGAGCUCCCACAGAGGACACACUGGUUCUUAUAGAGAGACAGACAGAGCAAGAGGAGGAAAUGAGUUGCUGGGAAGGAGCAGAAGGGGGUGGGUCUAGACCCCAGUGCCACCAAUCGGAGAGCGAGCUGUACAGAGACUUCUUGUUUGACGAGGGGAAAGCAGAGGGGUAUCCUGGUCCAAAGUUCAGGUCCUUGAGACAUUUAAGACAGGUGCUCGGGACCACUGAUUUCCGCCAGCUAGCAUGGCACGUGCUCAUGGGAAAUCAGGUCAUAUUGAGAGGGGCUGACCCAGGGCUCAUCCAUUCAGCAUUCACCAUGCUGAAGGCCUUGCUCCCGGUGGGCUGUGUCCGCUCUGUGACGUACAGCGCCCAGUAUGAGGAAGCAUACCGAUGUAACUUCCUGGGCCUCAGCCCUGACGUGCCCAUCCCCACACACGUCAGCUCCUCAGAGUUCUCAGUGUUGGUGGAUGUGGUCAGUGUGGAGAGGGGCUCUCUGUACUCUGCUGCUUGUGGUGAAGACAUCCUCUCACUCUACCAGUUCAACAUCAGYAGUACCAACUCACAGCCUACAGAUAAAGGUCCCACGUUGUUGAAUAAGAUCGAGGUGGCGUUGUCCAAUGAGAACCUGUCAGUGGACGUGGUCUCUCACUGUCUGCUGUGUCUGAAGGAGGAGUGGAUGAAUAAAGUGAAGGUGCUGUUUAAGUUCUCCAAGGUAGAUGGGCGUGGGAGGGAGGACACCCAGAAGGUGUUGGCCCUGCUGGGUGCCACGGGGYCUGGGGAGGAGGACAACGUCARGCUGCUCAAGUUCUGGAUGACGGGACUCAGCAAGACCUACAAGAGCCAUCUGAUGACCGCUGUCAGAGGAGGGGAGAGGCCCCUUAGCCAGUGAGAGAGCAGUGGAGGAGAAGAUGAGAGGUAGCGGGAGAGACCAUACAGCUGGAGUGAAAUAUACUGUAUCUCAGUAUAGGAGACUGGUGGGAGGAGGUAUAGGAGGGUGGGCUCAUUGUAACGGCUGGAAUCGAUUAAAUGGAACGGAGUCAAACGUGAUUUCCAUAUGUUUGAUGUGUUUGACACCGUUCCAUUUAUACCUUUCCAGCCAUUACAAUGAGCCCGUCGAUUAGCUCCUCCCAGCACCCUCUGCAUGCAUCUACUACUGUAUUUGGACAGACAGAGAGAAAGGGAAAGAAAACGAGUGUGAAUGAGUGAGUAAUGACAGAUAGACUGACUGAAGGAUAUGUUUGUGUCCAGGUGCUGACUUGAUUAAAACCCAUCCUUCACCAUAAAGAACAAAAAGCCACUCCAUGGGUCGGUUUUAAAUUAAUAAUUAAUUCAGAUACAUUACGUAAAACGUAAUAAGUAAUUUGUAUCUUUUUUUUAGUAAUCAAAAGGGAAUUAUUAUAGAAACACUGUCCACAAUUUUAUGUCUGACUUAUUAUAAAAGUUUCAAUAGUUUGUUAACUCAUUGUACAGAGAUAUUCAAAUAAAAUAACUGCUUGAGCUGAAACUGAAA